AUGUCCUCCCAGUCCCCCAACGACUCGCAGGCCUCUCCCAACAUUUCAGCACGCGAGCGUUCCGCCGCCCUCGACGCGGAAAUCCAGUCCCUCCUUCCUUGGGUUAUCCCUGACAACGACCCGAGCAAGGCGUACGUCGAGUGGCCCCCUGGCUCGGAAGAGCGUCAGGCGCGCGUCUCAGAGCUCUCCGCCCAGAAGUUCUCCCUCCGCCUCACCGACGAGGAGUGGGCAGAGAUUAAGCGAAGCUACGACGAGCUUAUGGGCGACGACGACGGGCCGUCGGCCCAGGAAUACCGCCACCCACCUCAAGUCGAGGCGGCCUUCGCGAGGCGCGAGGAGAUGAUCCACCACCUCAACCUACCUGGCGCGCCGAAGAACCUCCACUGGGGCCCGGACUACGUGCCCAACGAGUGGGACACGAUGAACCACGAGGCCGCCGUCGAGGCUUCGACCCAGGCUGCCCUCGAGGCCUUCUUCCCCGACCUCUAUCCGCCCGCCUCUGCAUCCACCUCUACCGGUUCGGCCCAGCCCGACGCCAAGGUCUCUUCCAACGUCGAAGCUAUCAAGCCCGUCGACAACUCCAAGCCCUCGCCCUCGGAGUCGUAG